AUGUCGAUAGUGAUUUGUCUUUUCUAUUUUAUUGUUGCAACCGCCGCAAAGAAUGCGAUCGAAGACAGAAAUAAACUGCUCGAACGUGAACUGAAAAUGAUGCUCGGUAGUGAUAUAAGUUUGAGUGACAGUGAAAUGAAAGCGAAUGAAAUAAUAAUGGAUCUGAAAAUAAAGGAACUCGACUAUGCGUUUCAUCAUCCGCAAACGUUCAAUUUAUCUAAGCACUUUUUUGAUUAUAAAGACGAAGUAGAGGAUACGGAGUUGUUCAAACUACUGCAGCAGAUGCCGAAAGGCGCCGUACUCCACGCUCAUGACACGGGCCUUUUGAGUCCAGAUUAUGUCCUCGAAUUAACUUACAUGAAAGAUCUGUACGUUUGCUUCCAGAAAGGUCAAGUUCAGUUUUUGUUUUCCGAGAAUAUUCCGAAAACUCCUUGUGCAGUAAAAUGGCAAUUACUAAGCGAUGCCAGACUAUCGUCGAGUAAUGUUGAAAAAUUCGAUGCGGAUCUAAGAAAACUCUUCACUUUAGUUGUGAGCAAUCCAAAAGAGGUUUACUCCGAUGUGAAUGCGGCUUGGAGGAAGUUCCAACAGUACUUCAUCACGACUGGACCGCUUUUAUCUUACAAACCAGUAUGGGAACAAUAUUUCUACGACACAUUGAAAGCCUUUCGGGAAGACAAUGUAAUGUACAUUGAAAUUAGAAGUGUUUUACCCGAACUGUACGAUUUAGACGGAAACGUGUAUGAUUCUGUUGAAACCGCAUUAAUUUAUAAAGAAGUCUUAGAUCGCUUUAUGGAGGAUUAUCCAGAUUUUUAUGGAGCUAAAUUAAUAUAUGCACCUUUCCGAAUGGUGGAUACGAAAACUGUUAAAAAAUACAUUGAUAUUGCCAAAGAAAUAAAAAGAUUGGCUCCAGAUUUUUUAGCAGGUUUUGAUUUAGUUGGUCAAGAAGAUAUUGGAGCACCAACUAAAGACUUUUUAUCAGAGCUAGAGGAAGCAAAAAGUGAAUUGGACUUCUUCUUUCACGCCGGAGAGACGAACUGGUACGGUACAAGUUCAGAUGAAAACUUAUUAGAUGUAAUAGCGCUUGACACUAAACGAAUAGGCCAUGCCUUUGCUCUCAUUAAGCACCCUGUGCUUUUAGAGGAGGUAAAGAAGCGGGGCAUAGCUUUAGAAGUUAAUGUUGUGUCAAACGUUGUUUUGAAAUUAGUUGAUGACGUUAGGAAUCAUCCUUUAGCUGCAUUUUUAGCUCAAGAUCUGCCUGUAGUUUUGUCUAGUGAUGAUCCCGGUGUUUGGGAAGCAACGCCUCUGACCCAUGAUUUUUAUGUCACUUUCCUUGGAGUAGCUAGCAGACACGCGGAUCUGAAAAUGUUGAAGAAACUAGCAUUAAAUUCGUUGUAUUACAGCACAUAUCCGAAUAAAGACAAAAUAGUCCAUGAAUUCGAAAUACGGUGGACGAAAUUUAUAGACAAUAUUGUGAAAGAUAAAUGGUGA